AUGUGGAGAGAAUGGCAAUUUGAAACUAGAAUCUUAGUUAUGAUCUAUGGAAGAAAUGAGAUCGAGGAUGAUGAGGGAAAUCUCUCUGAUGUUAAGACUCAGUAUAUCGAUGUAAUGGUUUCUUGCAGUGUGUUUCAAAUAGCCUGUGAUGAUAUUUAUCUAGUUACGUUCACUAAUUUAGUCUAUAAGUACUAUGACAUCAGUAUUGAGAUUGUUGAGAUCAACCAAAAUGCUCUAAGAGAUACGGGAAUGAUAGAAUUCUAGGAAUAUUAAUCAGCUACUCGAUUGGAUUAUAUAGACUUCGAUCUUUAUCUUAAAAGUUAACUCUUGAAUAAAAAGAUAUAUGGUGGGUUCAUGUUCACAUUUUAUGUUAUAAAUUUGAAAGAGUUUGAUGCCAAUCCCUCAGGGUUCACUAAUCUCUAUGUUCUAAUUGUGGCAAUUUAUACUUACCCAAGUAUUGAGUAGACCAAAAAUGGUAAAUAAAAUAGCGUUAAUUAUUUAAUUAGAGCUAGAGAGAUUUAGUGA